AGCCACCCGUGCAUUAGGAAGAAAAUUGGUUUCGACGGUCUCGUAAUCCUCAAUUUACAAACUUUGGUGGAACCAUUUAUUGACGCGGAGUUCGAUUCCUUCCCGUCGAAGGAAAACAGAAACGUCCUCUCGCUUUCGUCCCUGGUCUCCGUCGAUUUGGUCGUCCCGGUGAUUCUCUUCCUCCAUAAAAGGUUUUUCGAUCUCCGGAGUAAGGACUAUUCGAUGGGGUUGCAACAAUCCAAGGAGGAAUUGCUUUACCAGCAGGUCAAUUAUGGCAACAUCGAGGGGAUCAAAGCCCUCCGCAGCCAAGGCGCCGGACUUGAGUGGAUGGAUAAAGAAGGGAAGACCCCUUUGAUCGUCGCGUGCUUGAGGCAUGAUCUCUUGCCCGUUGCGAAGAUUCUGAUCGAGUUGGGUGCCAAUGUCAACGUGUACAGGCCCGGGUGUCAUGCAGGAACUCCCUUGCACCAUGCUGCUAAAAGAGGCCUUGAGCAGACUGUUCAUCUCCUUCUUUCUAAUGGAGCAAAUCCUUUCAUCAUGAAUGAUGAUUGUCAUACUGCACUUGAUUUGGCUAGAGAAAAGGGGCACUGCAAUGUUGUCCGGGCAAUUGAGAGUCGAAUUUCUCUUUUUACUGGAUGGCUGCGGGAGGUUUAUGGGCCAGGCUUUUUGGAAGCACUUGUACCACAACUGUUGACACGAAAAAUUUGGUCUGUGGUUUUGCCAUGUGAUGCUCGUAAUCCAACAAGACCUCUCAAGUUUGAGCUAGCUAUUUAUUCUGAUCUUCAGACUGCCAGGCCACGUACUGUUGUUCCACUCUGGAAAGUUCACAUUGAAGAACCCAAGUUCAACCAAGUAGAUCCUGCUGUAAUCAUUGUUGAUAAAGCUACAAGGGCACGAUAUAAGUUUCUAUCUGCACGUGAAGGUGACAAACAACAACUGCAGUGGUUCUUCAGUUCAUGCCAAGGGAUCUCCCAGGUCACCAAUAGCCUUCCAGUAAUGCCAGUAGAUGUCUCAAUGCCUAGUCCUCCCCAAAUAAUUUCAUCUGCUUCAACACAGUCAACCGCUGCACCUACAUCAAAUCCAGAAGAUCUAGAGUUGGCGAUGGCCAUAAAUGCUUCCAUACAGACGGCCAUAUCAGAGGGCGUGCCUGAUAUCCAACCUAAUCCACAAACAAGCAAUACAAAUGAUUGGGCAAGCUCUUCAGACAAUUCAACUUACAAUGGUUGGGACACCCCAAAUGCAGAUACUUCUUCAAAGAUGAAUGGUCAAGGGUCAACAAAUGAACCAUAUGCAAGCAAUGGAUGGGAAGUUCAGUUGAAUACUAGCGCAUCACAGCCUAACGUGCAGAACCCUGAUACUCCAGUUAUUCAAUCAUCUCAGGGAGCACCUCCUACUCAGUUAGUUCCUUCUGCUCCUCCAGUAACCGAGGAUACAUUCUAUGAUGGGCCUAUCCACUACCCAUCAAUAGAUUGCAGCCCCAUAGAUAUGAAAAUGUCAGCAGUGGAGGAUGCACCUGGAACUGCUGAAGCUAAAGAUGGUUCUACAUCCAGCUACUCCAAACCAGGAUCGAGCGAAGACAAGGCAGAGAGUAAAAGUUCAUCAGGUUGUUGUGUUAUCUGCUUGGAUGCUCCAGUAGAGGGAGCAUGUAUUCCGUGUGGGCAUAUGGCAGGAUGCAUGUCAUGUUUAAGGGACAUUGAAGCCAAGAAUUGGGGAUGCCCUAUUUGUCGUGCCAAGAUUAAGCAGGUCAUAAAGCUCUAUGCUGUCUGACCAAUCAAAUGGUCUAUACAGGUAAGGUGAUGCAAAUCUUGGACACCUGUUUUGAAGAACUUGAUUCCUUGGUCUUCUGUAUGGUAUAUAAACUUCAAAAGAAUUAUUUAUUGCAUGUAGGUUGUCGGCAAAAGUUACCUCCUAAGCCAUCGUCUCAUACAUUGGGCUAUCACAGUUGGGUAUGUUGUAAAUAAUAUUUUGUUGAUAAGUUCCAUAUUUUGUCGCAUAUGAUGCCUCUGAAAAAUGGUUGCAUCACAUACCCCGAGUCUCUGUGAGCUGAUAGCUGUAAGUGCAGUGGAAACUGGUGCUACAUUUGAAUUGAAAGAAAAUGGGCACAUGUAAUCUGUGUUAUAUUGUAUCAUUAUCAUGCUAUGUAUGCUGAUGAGAUUUAU